CUUUUUCGAUAGCCCAUCGCUCCCCCAGAGGCGCCCCGUACGGCGGCUGACCCAAUUCCCCUCCCCGCAGCAACCGCCCUGUCGACUGACUGGCGGCCCUUCGUCGCUGAUCGAUCGCUCCCAUCGCACCAUCGCACCACCAGCAGCGAUGCCGACACGGCACCUCCUACCUCUAUCUGGUUUAAUGUUGGCGCUUUUAUCGCUUUGUGUUCUUGUUGCGGACUGCACGAGCGCAUCAUCGGAUGCCGACCCUGUGAGGAGGUCCUUGGGGGUAAAGGUCAAGGACGGCUCGGCGUACAAGCACCAGAAGUGGCUCAAGAGCCCCCUCAAGUACGGCAUCAAGGCCUACAAAAAGGCCGAACACAAGCCAGAGCCGCCCAAGAGAAUGGUGCCGAUAGCCGAACCACCCACAUAUGAAUGUCCACACGGCUUUGAACUCAACCAAGAGAAGCACAUCUGUGAGCGGCUGGACCACCGAAAGGCCGUCAAGGGAUGCCCACGAUUCUACAGGCAAGGCGACUGACCAUUCAUUCACUCAUUUGAUUGCAUGUGUGUGUGGGUGUGUCUGUAUGUGUGUGUGUUUCAGGUAUGACAAGACGCUUCACAAGUGCAUCCGUGAGCAGGAGUUCGAGCCCGACUACCUGUGCCCCGAGGGCUACAAGGUCUACGGCAGCAAGUGCAAGGCCGUCGACGUGCGCCACCCCACACACAGGUGCGACCCCGGCUUCACGUACGAGAACAAGGGCAAGGGCGCCGGCCAGUGCGUCAAGUACGUCACCACCAAACCUGACCACCAGUGCGAUCAUGGUCAGUGAGUGGCUGAAGGGCAAAGGCACAGGGACAGGGAUGGCCUGACUAGCUACUGACAUGUGUGUGUGGUGAUCAGGGUACCACUUGGUGGACCACAAGUGUCAGAAGGAGAUCGCAGAGCAGCCACAGUUCACCUGCGACAAGGGCUACCACCUCAAGGGCGAAAAAUGCAUCAAACGUACGGACGCACGGACGACAUGGCUCCUCACACGCACAUUCAGAGAGAGAGAGGGUCUAUGUCUAUAUGGAAAUCCCUCCAUCCACACAUCCUUGGUGACCGGCUGGCUCUGUGCAGACGUGAGCGUCGCUGGCGACUUCCACUGCCCCGACGGCUUCAAGCUGGUCGGCUCGACGUGCCACCGCAAGACGAUGCGCAAGGCCGUCAAGACGUGCACCGACGGCUUCACUCUGCGCGGCGGCGACAAAUGCGUCCGGUCCGCGCACGCCAUGGCCACACCUCUAUGCCCCGACAAGUCAGCACACACACCAAAGACACAGAGGGAGAGAUCGAUGCGUUUGCGGCCGCCCACACCCACCAAACCCUCGUGUGUGUGCUCGUGGUAUGGUGUGGUGUGGUGUUCAGUUACGAGCUGGUUGGCAAGGAGUGCGUGCAUGAGAAAGAGACGGAGGGAGAGCUGGCCUGCCCGCCAGGCACCCACUUCGACAAAGACGGCACCACCUGCGUCAGAGAGGACCGCAAACCGCCCACACCCACCACCACCACUUCUGGCAAGAAAGGCGGCUACGAAGAUGCUCAUCCUCACGGUGGCGAUGGGAAGGCCUUCCACCUCUCCGCACAGUCCGCCGAUGAGGAUGACAGCAGUGACGAUGCGAAGCGGCGGUUGGGUCCGUCAGGGCAUCACGGCAAGCACCACGAGAGCAAGGGCAUCGUUGAGGACCCCCUCCCUGUGGAUGAGGUGCCGACCUACAUGUGUGAGCCCGGCUGGCAGCUGGUGGACCCUGGACACGAUGCACCCUACUGCAGCAUGAAGGUCGAGGUCGAUCCCAUCACCAAAUGCCCGGAGUGGGUCACACACACACACACACACGCACACACAUUCUCUUCUCACUGUGUGUCUUGGGUUGCCUGGGUGGUGUGGUGUGUGCAGUGGCAGGAAGGGUGGCCACGGCAAGUGUGUGCACCGCACUGUGGUCAAGCCAGACUACUCGUGCGGCACCGGAUACAACCAGGUCGACGGCAAGUGCAAGGCAACCGCUGAACAAGAGCCCAAACUGGUCAGUCACCACACUCACACACACAAAGAGACACACCUAUUGGUUAACCCGUCUGUCUGUCUGUCUGUGUAGGUGUGUGAGCACCACUUUGUGCUCAACGUCGACACUCACCAGUGCGAAAAGCACGAAGAAGAGCCCGCCGGCCAAAUCUGCCCACACGGUCAUCACACCCGACCCACCCACACACACAGGCCCACUGCACUCAUCCGAACGUUCACAUCACCUGUGUGUUGUGUGUAUGCAGGUUACGAGACCCAUGCCGACGGCCACUGCGCCAAAGUGCUCAAGAAGCGCGCCUCUGCGUCGUGUGCACACCCCUACAAGCUGCACGAGGACCACCACACCCACGAACGCACCUGUGUCAUGCUCGACAAGGUGCCCCCAGCACCCAAGUGCCCCCACGACUUCCACCCGGACGGCAAGAUUUGCAGAGGCAAAAUCACGGGCGAGCCCGUCGAGAAAUGCGAGGAAGGUCUGUCUGCCUAUCAUGGCUGAGUCGAUAGAGAGACACACAGAGGGAGAGAGGUGUGUGUGUGUGUGUGUGUGUUGUGUUGCGUAGGUUACGAGCGUGAUGGUGAGGGGCAGUGUGUGUCGAAGCAUAUGAAGGAGCCUCACCCCAUCUGCAAGAAGGGCGAGCUCAAAUACGAUGCCGUCUGCGUCAUUGUGGACUACAAGAAACCGGGUCUCGCCUGCGACGUCGGAUACAAGCUCGAUGGCAAGUCCCAUCCACCCCCUCUGUCAACACACAUCUGACACACUUUUUUGUGUGUGUGUGUGUGUGUAGGCAAUCGUUGCUCCAAGCCCGAGUACACCAAACCAUAUGCCAUCUGCAACGAGGCUGAGGGCUUCGAGUACGACGCCGUCGUCAAGCAGUGCAUCAAGUGGGUCGAGAAGGCCGCCCAGCCGGCUGACCAAGAGGAGGUGUUGAGCGACAUCAUGGGACCGCCUGCGGAUUCUCCGGCACCCGUCAUCGCGCCCAUCCCGGCGGCCAUCCCGCCCCCAGUGCUGAGGCUGCCGAACGUGAGCAACUUCAAGCCGUACACCCACCCCAAACACGCGACGGGCUAUGGGCUGGCCAACAAGUAUGCGGCGCACCACGGCAUCACUACUGGCGGCGUGAAUGGCAAUGGCAAUGGCGGCAUGGCGGCGAUGGGUGCGGUGCCUGGCGGGUUUAGGCGGCUCCGAGAGAGAGUUGAGAGGAAUAGAAUGGGGAGGCACAUAGAAAGGCUGUAGUGUGAUGACACACAGUGGGCAGGCAGGCUGGUGGGCUGUGUCCCGCAGAGAAGGAGAGAGAGAGGGAGAGGACAGGUAGCCCAUUCAUUGCAACGCCCGCCAGACUGCUGCUAUGUAGAUUGCUGUGUGGCAUCCAUCGUAUGUGUGUAUGUGUAUGCCUUUAUUCUAUCUGUGUCGUGUGAUGUGUGCAUGUACAUAGCGAGCUGUGUGUGUGUGUGUGUCCGUCGGUCCAUCGGCAAGUGCGUGCAGCCCACAGCAGUUCAGGCACCGCAUACCAACAAUCCAAUCAACGUACACGUGUUGGUUGGCACGUGUUGUUUGCUGCCUGCCUGCCCUGUGUGGCCUUGACGCCCGCCGACCCACCGCUUGUUCGUAGACGACGAAUACAUGGAUGGAGGAGAAAGCCUCUUGGCUUUCAGAUACGUGCAAAUGGCGUUUUUCGGUCAGUGUUUGUCUGCGUGUCUGCGUGUG